AUGAAAUACUGGUGCAAAACUUGUAAAAUUUUUAUUGCCGAUACUAAGAUUGAUCGGACACGACAUGAACUGUCUGCUCGCCACAAAGAUCAAACACGCCGGAAUUUAUCAUCGCUUCAUCACACAAAUAAAGAAGAAAAGAGGCAAAGUGAUUCAUCCAAGCGUGUUCUUGAGCAGAUAGAAAAAGAAAUUAAAGCAUCUGGUAAGAGCCCUGGGUCUGGGCCUCUUCAUGUAUCUGAUUCCAUAACUGAGGUCACAAAAAGUACAGUUGCCACCAAAACUACAAGCAAAAAUCAAGCCUCUCCAAAGCGUGAUUCUAGUCAGACCAAACCUUUAAACCUCGCCACACCUGCGGCUCCUGUUAAACCAUUGUUUACUAAAACAAUCAAAGUUAAAGAAACAGAGACUACUAAGUGGCAAGCUAAAGAAAAGGUUUUAGCAGCGCCGGAUCUUGAAAUUGAAAGUUUAAUGGGAGAAUCGACACUAGAAGUGAAAACUAAUAAUACUACAGUUAAAAAGUCAAUGUUUAAAAAACGACAAGGACUCAAGAAAAAGGAGUCUGAGGAAUAA